CUGAAGACAGUCUAUGCCCGAAACAGUGGUCCCGAAGUGUGAGAGUGAAUCUGCAAACUUUCUCAGCACCCCCACUUGCAGAGAGGAAAGAGGAUGGCACCUAAGAGAAGGGCAACAUCAAGCACCAAAGCUGGAGGGAAGAAGGUAAAGGAGGAGCCUGAAGCUCCACCAAAGGACAAGUUCACCUCUGCCAAAGAGGCCCUGAAGGCAACAGGAUCGGUGGUGAAGGCCAUGAGGAACCCUGACAGCUUCUGUCAUCUAUCAAAUGCUGAGGUUCAUGAAGAUUACGACUGCAUGCUAAACCAAACUAACAUAGGAAACAACAACAACAAAUUCUAUGUAACCCAAGUCUUAGUGUCUGGAGGGAAGUACUAUUGCUGGACAAGAUGGGGCAGAGUGGGAGAGUCAGGCCAAAACAAUUUAGCUGGUCCAUCUACCGCUGAUGCAGCCGUUAAGUGUUUCGAAAAGAAAUUCAAAGAUAAGACCAAGAAUAACUGGAGCGAUCGAGAAAACUUUGUCUCGCAUUCUGGGAAGUACACAUUGAUAGAGGUAGAUGGGGACCAGGAUGCAGAAGUGAAGGUGGAUACUGUAGACGGUGGAGAUGUGAAGGUGAAAAGCGAACAACACGUUCUGCCUUGUGCGUUGGAUGAGGCAACUCAAAGGCUCAUCCGAUUCAUCUUCGACAAUGACAUGUUCAAAGAAGCCAUGUCCAGCAUGAACCUGGACAUUAAGAAGAUGCCUUUGGGGAAACUCAGCAAGCAGCAGAUAGCCAAAGGCUUUGAGGCUUUGGAGGAGAUUGAAGCCGCAAUAAAGAAGGGGGAACGGAACAAGUUAGAAGAACUCACCAACAAAUUCUUCACCAUUAUUCCUCAUAACUUUGGCCGCAACAGACCCCCUAUCAUCUCUGAUGAUUCUGUUCUUCAGGGAAAGAAGGAGAUGCUUUUGGUUCUUGCAGACAUCGAGGUUGCCCAGAGUCUUAAAGCUGAAUCUGAGAAAGCCACAGAAGAAAUGAAGGAUGUGGUGCCUCAUCCAGUUGACCAAAAUUUCCAGUCUCUGAAAUGCAAGCUAAGUUUGCUGGAUAAGAAAUCAAAGGAAUAUAAGAUAAUUGAGAAGUACUUGAAUGCCACUGGACGCGAAGGACUCACUUUAGUGGACGUCUGGGAAGUUGACAGAGAUACAGAGGCUGAGCGCUUCAGGGAAAAUGAUGCAUUGGAGAACCGGAAGCUGCUUUGGCAUGGAACAAGCGUGGCUGUGGUUGCAGCCAUUCUGAAGGGUGGACUUCGUAUUAUGCCCCAUUCUGGUGGACGUGUGGGCAGGGGAAUCUAUUUUGCCUCUGAAAACAACAAAUCUGCUAGCUAUGUGCAUCCAUCCAACAACAUCGGCAUCAUGUUUCUAAAUGAAGUUGCUUUGGGAAAAGAGUACACCAUUACGCAGGAUGAUUCCAGUUUAAGGAAGCCCCCCGCUGGCUAUGACAGCGUAAUUGCACGCGGAAGCCAAGAACCAGAUCCCUCGAAAAAUGUCUUCAUUGAGUUUGAUGGUAAAAAGGUGGCAGUUCCUCAGGGGAAAGCCGUAAAACAGCAGCAGUACGAAGGAAGUUCCUUCUAUAACAGUGAGUAUCUCAUCUACAAGGAAAGCCAGUGUCGCAUCCGAUACCUCCUGGAGUUGAACUUCAAUUAUUACUAGAGCUGAUUUGAAAACAUGGAACUGUAUCUACAUAUAUAGCUUCUUAUAAAUGGCACUUCUGGUAUGUGGUUUCAUGUUCACAUACUGUAUAAAGCAUUGAAUGUUUGAGUUAAUUAGUUGUAAUGUCUGAGAAAUAUUUGAUUAUUACAUUACAUCUUUUUCAUGUACUGUAAACUUUGGUUGGUACAGCCUUACGGUAUGUU